AUGAUUGCUGCUGAGGGAGAGUUAGCAGUUGACAGGCAAGGCGGUGAACUCGCCGUCUUCCCGCCGUCGACACAUCGAGGAAAUCUAGAAGCCUCGGUCGCGCAUGGCUGGCCUUCGGACCAGGUGUCGGCCCCGAUGCUUCAUCCUAUGGCAUUUCCAGCUGAAACCGAUAGCGAACCAAGGAAGUCCAGGCAAGCUGGUGCCAGGGAAAAAGCGGAGCCCCCGAUCGCAAAACAGGAACUAGCCAGAGGAGCAGACUACUACAGUACUAUGGUACUAGCUGGUUCUGGUUCUGAUUUCUGGUUCUACAGCAUCCAGCCAGUGGUUGGAGCCGUCGAGCUGAGCUCGCUUGAGACGGAGGACAACUCCGGCGCUUGCGCUACCGCAAGUACUUACGGCCUGCCAAUGGCAUCGGACGUGGAGCGACACGACACGACAGCCCACCAAAUCCCGUGGCCAGUUUCCAGGCAGGUUAUGCGAAGCCUACCUGUCGUCUACCACCCUACGUGA